UCCUCCUAUACUUAUUUAUUAUGUUGAAAAAAGGAAGUGUCUUGACUCACACGCUUCACGAAUCAUCACUUACCAUUCUUAGAAUAUCCCAUAUACAUGCUUCCUAUUAUAAAAAAAAACAAACUGAGCCUCUUUCAGUCCCGCCUCUCUCAGCCAAUCCCUUGCAAUAUAAAGUCUGAGACCAACAACUAGAAACCAUUGGCAUUAAAGAAAACAUCUGGUUUUGACUAACGAGUCAAAGAGCAAAAAUAACACCAGGGACCAGCUGUGAGAAAAUCUCCAAAACUCAUCUUUGAAAGAGAUUCCAUAUAAGGCAGACAUCACUUUGUGGUCAAGAUGUGGUUGCUGAUCACAUUAUUAAUGACGUCUUCAAUGCAUGAAAUUGCUACGUCAUCCAAAGGAAAACAUUUUCCGUGGCAGAACAAUGUUAUCAAACCAAUAAAAGAGGUCAAAGAAUUUGAUUGCCUUGCUGAGGGCAGUAAUGGGAAUGAAUAUAGAGGUACAGUCUCUAAAACAUCAGGGGGACACAGAUGUCUUCAAUGGGAUCGAAUUCAGCAUAUAGGCUUUGCAGAUUUUUCUCAUGGACUUGGAUCACACAAUUUCUGCAGAAAUCCAGAUAACAGAAGUGGGCCAUGGUGUUGGAUUAGGGGAUACGACCGAAAAGUUCGCGAAUUUUGUACAAUUCCAAAGUGUGAUACAAAACCAACCACCCCGACUCAGGACACAGAAAUGACAUGUGGUGAAAGGACCCCGAAGCAGACUUCGCGGAUUUAUAAAAUUAUUGGUGGAUCAAAGGCUUCAAUAGAGUCCCAGCCUUGGCUGGCAGCUAUCUUUAAAAAUAACGUGUUUCUUUGUGGAGGCACACUCAUCGCACCCUGCUGGAUCGUCACCGCAACACACUGCUUCCCACCUGACAAAAGAACAAGAAAAGAGCAAUAUUCUGUCUAUCUGGGAAAGGAUGCAACCAAUCAAACUGAUCUGAGCAAAGAGCAGAAGUUUGAAGUUACCAAAAUAGUGCUUCAUCAGAAUUAUAACUUUGAAUCAGAUGAUUUUAACCAUGAUAUAGCUCUGUUGCAGAUUGUAGACAGCAAAGGACAAUGUGCUCGGAAGACGGAAUCAGUAAGGACAGCAUGUCUUCCCCCAGCUCACCACAUGCCACCCUAUGGAUCCUUCUGCCACAUUGCAGGCUAUGGCCAUGAGAAGAAUGAUAAAAUUCCUGACACCUUCAGAUAUUCCCUCAACAUGAAGCAGGCUCAGGUUCAGAUUAUCUCCCCAACAGUCUGCGAGAGGAAGGACUACUAUGGAAACAGGGUAACUGAAAACCAGUUCUGUGCAGCCAGUCCCAAGUGGACCGAGGAUGCUUGUAAGGGAGACUCAGGAGGUCCUCUAUUGUGUGAAGAUGGUGGCCGGAUGUUUCUCUUUGGAAUCAUCAGCUGGGGAGAGAAAUGUGCCCUUGAGUCUAAACCAGGUGUCUACACAAAGGUCACCAACUACAACAAAUGGAUUGAAAAACAUACAGGCCUGAACAGAAUUGCCCAAGGCAUUAUGUACCCACAGAAAGAUUAGCUGUGUUAAAUUAUGUAAGCACAUGCAAGAGUUUGGUCUGUAAACUACUGCCUCUGUAGAAAUUAUCACAAUGCCAGAAGGAACAGUGAAAUAGCAAUUUUAACAUUUGACAAAAAUGGCAUGAUGCCAUUGCACCAUUUAUCACAUGCCUAUGUAAUACCUAUAGUUUUUAUAUUUACAUAAUUUAUAAUCUAAUUUAUUUAAUAUUACAUUAUGUUCUCUAUUUAUGUAUUUAUGUUCUGCUUCUGUUCAAGCAGCAUUGCUGUGUGUGGCAACAAACAUCAUAGGAAGCAAUUUCUCUUUUUGACAUUUUUAAGUAACGGUUGAUGUUUGAAUUCAUACUUCUGCUUGCUGCUUAUUAUAAAAAAAAAGUAUUGCAAAUGUAAGGUAUAAUGUAAUGAAGAAAUUGAAAUAGUUGCAUUACCUCAAUAUGCUUUAUUUUAAAACAUUUCUGUUGCAUUUGUAUUUAUAUUUAUGAAUAAAUC